AUUUAGCCUUUGCUCUUUAUAUUGAUUUGUCAAUUUCUAAGAGUUAAAAAUGGCUUACUUUGUCUUCAACUGGAACAAGAGAGAUUACAUCACCACAGUUCUGUCACUGAUUCUACUGGUACUUACAGUCAAGCAUCAAGAGUUCUUCUUAUGCAGGGAAGUAUCCCUUAACAGAAUUGAGAAGUUUGGUUUGUGGUUAGGCGUGUUAGAGGAACCCAAACCUUGUCCAGGGAUAGAAGAUCUCCACACCAUGGCUAUGGAGAUGGGGAUAUCGACUUUAGCUGUUUUGGCCUCCACUGUAGCACCAAAGGUGAUGACUUGGACCAAAUCUGUGAUUUGUCAAGCUGUGCAGGGAAUGAAGAAUGGCAUCUGGUAUAUAAAGGAUCGCAUAUUUCCUCGAAAACCUGAACAUAAUGUAACUCCGCAGAAAUCAGGGCCCAGGCUACCCCCAGAAACAUUUCUCCCCAAAACAACUACACCCAAAGCCCUCGGAGAGGACCGCCCGGAAUACAAGUAUUAUUUCUUCCGCAAAGCUUACGAGAUGAAGAGGAUUAUACUGUUCAUAAAGAAGGGAGAUCGAUGCGAGGAGGUUUUUGCCUACAGUCCCAGGACCAAGAAAUUCGUGCUGAAAUCCUUCUACCCAAAGCAGCCUUGUUAUUGAGAUUGAUGUAAAAGGAUACCCAGAACAUGUGCAUCCAUCGUCAUUACAGGAACCUUAUGAUAACAAACCGAAAU